GAGGGAGGGAGGGAGGGAGGACCCGGUGCUGCUGCUGCUCCCUUCAUUGCCACAGAGGCUAGAGCGGGGCUCGACCCUCGCCCUGCUUCCCCGGUGACACGGGGCGGGUCUAACCGGGGGAACCAAUCCCCCUCCCCCCUUUUCUAUUGACUGCUCCCAAAUGCCCAGCGCUCGUUCAGUGGGGAGGGCAGGAGAGAGCCGCGUCCAUUGACAGAAGCGCCCCCGGCCCCGAGAAGAGGAGAGAGAAGGGGGAGGGGCGCUGAGCGGGAGGGGCGCCAGGCCGAGGUUGCCCGCUCCCCCGCGCGCGCUGGCUCGUGACGUCAGAGGAGGAGGAGGAGGCGCGCUCUCCUCCUGAGGUGGACUCUCUUCUCUUCUCUUCUCAGCCGCAACGUGGGGACCCUGGUUAGAGCUGCUACUGCGGGAAGAGUCACCUGAAAGGAGACAGAGGCCGGGGCUAUUGCUGUUAUUGCCGCAGAGGCUUCGGCGGAGGGGCGGGGAGGCGAGAGACGGAAGAGCGGACCUUCGCUCGGGCUCUGACGGGCGAUGAGGAUGGGCGCGCCUCCUGCUUCUCCUCUUCCUUCGCGCGCCCGGCCUGAGGAUGCGCCGUGAUGAGUCGUCGCACAAGGCGGGGGCUCGCUUGGCGUCGGCGGCCAAGGCCAGGCAGGAAGACCCCGCUGUGAUGGAGGCCAGGACGGCGGCACCGCCGAGGGGCAAGGGCGGAGGCGGCAGCGGCGGGGGAGACUGCCCUCCUCCUCCUCCUGCUUCUGCAGCGUCUGCUUGUGGCCCUGCUUCUCCUGCGGGCGGGAAGGGGCUGAAUCUGGACGGCACCCACCCCGCCGCCAUGCCGAGGGGGCCCCGAGCCGCUCCUCCGGGCCCGAGUUUCCCCGCGCGGCCGCCCUACGCCAAGGACCCCCGCACCGUCCACCAGCGCUUCCUGAGGCGCAGCGUGGUGGACUCGGACCAAGAGGAGCCCGCCUUCGAGGCCGCCGAGCCGCCCCCGCCGCCGCCCGCCCAGAAGAAGAUCCUCCUCAUCUCCAAGACCCGGAGGAUCAUCGCGGCGGAGCGGGCCAAGGCGGCGCAGAGGCCGCGGACGGAGGAGGAGAAGGAGAAGGAGAAAGAGGCCACCCUUGCCCUCGCUCCCAAGGCGGACGGCUCAGCGGGGGGCCUCCAGCACCGCCUCUUGCCCGCGGGAGCCAAGGAGCAGAAGGAGGAGGAGGAAGAGAAGGAGAAGGAGAAGGAGCGCACCGCCGGGGAAGAGGCGGCGGCGGCAGCAGCAGCAGCAUCAGCCGCGGCGGAGAAGGGCGAGGAAGAAGGGGGCGAUGCCGAGAGGAAGGAGCCGCCCGAAGCCGCCAAGGACCCCAACAAGGCCAAGCGGGAGGAGGCCGCCGCCGCCGCCGCCGAGGAGGAGGAGGAAGAGGCCGACAUGAAGGCCGUCGCCACCUCCCCCGACGGCAGGUUCCUCAAGUUCGACAUCGAGCUGGGCCGAGGGUCUUUCAAAACCGUCUACAAGGGCCUCGACACCGAGACCUGGGUGGAAGUGGCCUGGUGCGAGCUCCAGGAUAGAAAGCUGACGAAAGUGGAAAGGCAAAGGUUUAAAGAGGAAGCAGAGAUGUUAAAAGGCCUUCAGCACCCAAACAUUGUUAGAUUUUAUGACUUUUGGGAAUCAUGUUUGAAAGGCAAGAAAUGUAUUGUGUUAGUUACAGAAUUAAUGACCUCGGGAACCCUGAAAACAUAUUUGAAAAGAUUUAAAGUGAUGAAACCAAAAGUCCUUCGUAGCUGGUGUCGGCAAAUUUUGAAAGGUCUCCUGUUUCUGCACACCAGAACUCCACCAAUCAUUCACAGAGAUUUAAAAUGUGACAAUAUUUUUAUAACUGGACCAACUGGAUCUGUGAAGAUAGGAGAUUUAGGUUUGGCAACUCUCAAGAGAGCUUCAUUUGCCAAAAGUGUGAUAGGUACUCCAGAAUUUAUGGCUCCAGAAAUGUAUGAAGAACACUAUGAUGAAUCAGUGGAUGUAUAUGCUUUUGGAAUGUGUAUGUUGGAAAUGGCUACCUCAGAAUAUCCGUAUUCAGAAUGCCAGAAUGCUGCUCAAAUUUACAGAAAAGUAACCUGUGGUGUCAAACCAGCAAGUUUUGAUAAGGUUACUGACCCUGAAAUUAAGGAGAUAAUUGGAGAGUGCAUUUGCAAAAAUAAAGAAGAAAGGUACGAAAUUAAAGAUUUGCUAAGCCAUGCCUUUUUUGCUGAAGAUACUGGGGUAAGAGUGGAACUUGCAGAAGAAGAUGAUGGUAGGAAAUCCUCUAUUGCCUUAAGACUCUGGGUAGAAGAUCCUAAGAAACUGAAAGGAAAACCCAAAGAUAAUGGAGCCAUUGAGUUUACUUUUGAUCUGGAGAAGGAAACUCCUGAUGAUGUUGCACAAGAAAUGGUUGAAGCUGGAUUUUUUCACGAGAGUGAUGUCAAAAUAGUUGCAAAGUCAAUACGUGACAGGGUAGCAUUAAUACUGUGGAGAAGAGAAAGAAUUUGUCCUAUGUUACAACCUGAGGAUCAACGGGAUCUUGAGAGUUCAGAAAAAUCAAAGGCCCCACAAGCACAACCAGUUCAGGGUACUUACCUUUCUCAUACUGGUCAUCACAUCUUGUCUGAACCAGAAGAGCCUGAAGCUGACCAGCACCUUUCUCAGCAGAAUCUUCACACAAGCGUCACUUCUCUUGCAUCUGACAGCACAUUUGACAGUGGUCAAGGAUCAACAGUGUAUUCAGACUCCCAUAGCAGCCAGCAAAGUGUUGUCUAUUCCUCUAUGCCUGAUGCAAUACCUCCUGCUAUUCAGCGGGUUUAUAGCCCCCCUCUCAGUGAAAGCCAAGCUUUGCCCCCUGGUCUUCAGCAAGUGGGACACUACCAGCAGCCUUCAGUACCUGGACUUCCCGUGGUUCAGCCUCCACCUGCUGCUGUUUCUCAGCGACCACAACAUUAUCCAGAACCAGCAAUCCCUUUUCCUGUGGUCCAUCCCACCUCAGCUGCCCCUGUGCAGAUGAGACCACCGCAACCUGUAUUAACCAGCCAACAGCAGCACUCCAUCCCACCUCCAUCUCCUCUACCGCAUGUUAUCGCCAGCCAGCCCAUUUGCCCAGUGCAGCAACCUGCACCUCAACUGUUACCCCAGUACCAAACUUCCACUUCGCAGAUGGCAGCUACCAAUACACCACUGGCACCUCUGCAGAUUCCCCCUGUGCAGCCACUUCCAUCUGUCUCCCCUGCCCAGAUUCCUCAGUUUCCUGUCAUUCCUGCAGUUACUCCUCUGACAGGACUUGACAGCCAUCCUCCAAACUUGUCUGACAUACCUGCUGCAAAUGUGCCCCCUUUACCUGCUCCUUCUCAGUAUUUUUCUCCAGCUGUGAUUUUACCAAGCCUCCCUGUGAACCCUGCUCUGCCACUGACAUCAACCUCCCCUGCCUUACCCAUGCAAGCAGUCAAUCUUCCUCAUACUACUAUGGCUUCCUUGGUCUUGCCCUGCCAAACAAUUGUGCCAAAUAUGCCGGCUGCUCCAAUCCCAUUACUUGCUGUGGCUCCGUCGGGAGUGCCAGCUUUGCCAACACAUCAUGCGGUAGCCCAGCUCUCCCAGCAGCAAAUGUACCAGGCUACCCUCCAGCAGUUAAUUCAAAACGAAGUUAUUUCCUCUCCCCAUCACACCCAGAACAUGCAAGCAGUUUCACAACAGCAGCAGCUGCAGCUGCCUCCACUUCCUCAGUCACUUCAACCAAGCAUAAUUCAUCCUUCAGAACAGACUAUGUCUGCAUCUGGGGCUGGUAACCAGAUAAUUGGACAGCCGGGGUAUGCUGUGGAUAUUGGAGCCCAGAUUCCUGCAUUGCCAGUACAACCUUCUGCAGUUAUGUCACCACCUUUGCAAUUGCAGCCUGAAGCAGUUCCUCACUGCAUUGGUCCAGAAGGUUUUUCGCAGAGCAUGAUGACUGCAGCAAACAUGGCAAUGCCAAUAGAUCAUGGUCUGUCUGUUCAGUCAACUGGUUAUCUGCAAACUCAGCCAGAUAAUCACCAGCCUGUGGGCCAGCAGGGUCCAGCUUCAUGCCCAGUUGUCCCAACAGAACCUUCUCAAGAGGAGUCUGCAGUACUAGAGAAGCAGCAGUCAUUGUCACAGAGUUGCGAAAGCUAUAUGAGCCCUGAUGUUGCUUCUGGAAAAGAGAUGAGUGACAGCUUUGAAGGGACAAGUGGAAGUGGAAAACAAGAAGGAAAAUCUUCAAAGAAACAUAAGAAAUCAACACGUACUCGUUCUCGGCAGGAGAAAUCCAACAGGCCAAAACUGACAAUUUUAAAUGUAUGCAACACAGGUGAUAAGAUGGUGGAAUGUCAGCUAGAAACACACAACCACAAAAUGGUUACAUUUAAGUUUGAUUUAGAUGGUGAUGCUCCAGAAGAAAUUGCUACUUACAUGGUAGAAAAUGAAUUUAUAUUACCUACUGAGAAGGAGGUAUUUAUUGAACAACUAAAAGAAAUAAUUGACAAAGCAGAAGAUAUGCUUAGUGAAGAUACAGAAGGGGAAAGGAGUUCCGAUCAGGGUGCAAGCCCUCAGCAAGACAAUUACAGGAUGGAAAUCAAUGAGGAGAAUCGGCAAUCCCAAGCAAGAAUGCCGGUGUAUCAACAGAAUGUUUUACAUACAGGGAAGCGUUGGUUUAUCAUUUGUCCUGUUGUGGAAAAUCCAGUUUCUGAAGCCCCAGAAUCCUCUUCAUCUGUUCCUCAGACUUCAAAACAGGCUGAAGCCACAGAUCUAGAGCAGUCGGAUGAUCAGCAGCAAAGCUCUUCCGCAGCAGACAAACAAACAAGCAUGGCUUAUCAGCAGCUUUCUAGUCAAGGAAGUGCCUAUGAAAGUCCCAGAGGAACACCCCCUCCUUCUCCUCUGACACAAGGCUCUGCCCUGCCUACAUCAACAUCCCUUUCACAGGUCCAGCAAGAAAUAUCCACUGCUGCAACCCCAGCAACAGCUACACAUCUUCGAGAAGAAGCUGCUGAAAGUAGUGGUCAAGGAGAAUGCCCUCCACUUCAGCCGGUGGUUCCUGUUCAACCUGUAGUACCUAGCCGACCUGAUACACCUGCUCAUAGUGCCACUUUGCUUGAAGAAUCUCGACCACCUAUAACUCCUGCACUGCAGACAAUGAAGCAAAUAGAUGAAAAUGCUUGUGUCCCUAGUGCAGAGGCUGAGCCCAGAACUGGUGGGUUCCCAAAACAUGCUCAGCCUAUUCCUGCGCAGACAGCAGAAGUCUGCCCACUCCCUGCUGUCUCUGAUGCUACUAUUUUGGAACAUCAGCCUCCAACACAAAUCCCCAAUUUGCCAGACAACAAUCAAUCUGGACAAAUGCAGCACUCUUUUGUAGGCCAGAUACUUCCUGUGACUGCUGUCCCUGAUCCUCAGAUUUCUGCAGCACCUCAGCUUUCCAGUCCUCCUCCCAUGUCUGUAGCUGCAUCCCAGAUUCCCCCAGUUCCAUCCCAGUCACAGCCUAUACCAUCCACUGGCCUUGCUGUAGGUGCAUCACAGCCAGCUUGUGCAGUAGAAUCUGAUGGUGAAGGACCACCCAGAGUGGAUUUUGCUGACAACACAAUAAAAAGUCUGGAUGAGAAACUGCGCAACCUGCUAUACCAGGAAUACGUCCCAACAUCUUCUGCAUCAGCUGCAACACCAGACAGCUUCGUACCUUUAGACCAAGGGGAUGGUGAAUUUAACUUGGCGCCUUUGCCUCCACACCUCUUGGAUUUGAAAAUCCCUGGAACAGACAUGGAUGUUCAUGCAGCUGAGGGCCAGCUUGUUGCUUUUUCAUCAUCAAAUGUAGCUGACCAGAAAGAUGCAUCUAACCGGAAUGAAAAGACAAACACACUAACGUUACUUGAAGAGAAAAAUAGAUCUCAAAAAGAUGACUCUCUAGACUCCAGCACAAGUACAAAGCAAGUUGAAACAGAUAGCAAUACACCAGCAAAAACAAUUGGCAGAUUUUCAGUGAUCAGCACACAGGACGAGUUAACCUUGCCAUCGGUGCAAUCCUCAAGAUACUCGGCACCACCAGAUGUUUAUCUGGAUGAUCAACCUUCUAGCCCUGAUAGGAAGACCUCCCUGCGACGUGUGCAGACAGCAUCCUCUGUUGAUUUUCUUUAUGGUCGUGAUUCAAGUGAUUCCGGAGAUGACUCUCCUCAAAGAAAACCAGCUGCAGCUCCUUCCUCACCUCAGAGCAGUAGUGCAGGGAAUGACUAUGUUAGAAAGCACUCCUCUUUUUUUCAAAAGACCGGAAAGUCAAACUCACAAGCUCUUGAUUCUCCUAAUGGUCAUGGGGCCAAAAUACCAACUAUCAAUGUGUCUUCUUUCCACUCACAUUCAUCAUAUGUGAGCAGUGAUAAUGAUUCAGAGUUUGAAGAUGCAGACAUGAAAAAAGAAUUGCAGAACCUGAGGGAAAAACACAUGAAAGAAAUCACUGAGCUUCAGAGUCAGCAGAAGAAAGAAAUAGAGGCUCUAUACGUUCGACUAGGAAAACCUUUACCACCAAAUGUUGGCUUCCUUCAUUCAGCCCCACCAACUGGUCGCCGAAGAAGAACCAGCAAGAACAAAUUAAAAACUGGGAAAUUAUUAAACCCUGUUGUUCAGCAACUUAAAACAACAUCCAAUGCAAGUGAUGGAUCAGACUGCAAAGAUGCUCUGGCUAAAGAAAAUACUAAAGUUAAAACUGGUUCUACUGAAGGGAGUGGACUAACGUCAUCCACAUCAGCCAUACUUGGAAAAUCAGUUCAAACACAGCAACCCUGCUCUGUCAAAGCUUCCUUAUCCUCUGACAUCUGUUCUGGAUUAGCUUCUGAAGGAGGUGAUGCACAUGGAAAUUCUAGCCAAGGCUGGACGGUUUUCCACCAAACGUCUGAGAGAGUGACCUAUAAAUCUAGUAGCAAACCUCGUACCAGAUUCCUCAGUGGACCUGUGUCUUUGUCCAUCUGGUCCACCUUGAAACGACUAUGUCUAGGCAAAGAUCACAGUAGUAGAUCCUCAACAAACAGUCUUGUAGCAUAUCCAGAUCCUCUACCACAAACGACGCUACAGGUUCAGGUACAAGCCAACAACAGUAACAACAAAAAAGGAACUUUCACGGACGAUCUCCACAAAUUGGUGGAUCAAUGGACAAGCAAAACUGUGGGAGCUGUACAAGCAAAACCAUCCUUGAACCAACUUAAGCAGAACCAAAAACGGCAAGACAUGGAGCCAAAGGCUAACCCCAUGCAGACACAGAAUGAGACAUGUGGAGUAAAUUCAGUAAGAACAAGAGUGGGGGAAAAGUGCAUUGUUCCAGUGUCUUGCCCAAUGCCUGCCGCAUUAACUCCUGGAGUUUCACCAUCCAUGCCAGUGCCUAUGACAGGUACUACCCUUUCUGGCACAGUAAAACCUUAUGUGAUGCCUUUUUGUCCAUAUGGAGGAAUUUUCCCUAUGCCACUCUUUGGGAUGCAGUGGUCAGGCUCAGCAACACAGCCUGGGAUUGUGGGAGAUCAGAGCCUUGCCAAGUUCCCAGCUCUGGCCAAGACUGGCUUCCAACUGAUUCCAGUUCCACUACAGCAACCUGUUCUCAGUUCACCAGGCCCUAAAUUGAGAAUAUCCUAGCUCUAUCACUUGAUAGAUGAUGGCGAUGAUGAUGAUGAUGAUGAUGAUGAUGAUGAUGAUGAUGAUGAUGAUGAUGAUGAUGUCUAAAUUGUACAUGCAGUGUGUUUGAGCCUAUAUGCAGUAUGUCUUUACCCGCUGGCACUCAGUUCAGGCCUGCUAGUGCACUCAGCCAUAUACUGCAUCAGUGAUCACUGUGAAAUGUUUUCACUCCGGUUCGUUUGUUGUUAUGGCAAUAUUUGCUUCAUCUCCAUAGCUAAAGACACUUUGUUUUGUGUUUUGGUGUACAAAGCUGCAACCUUCAACAUUAAUGUACUUGAAUUGAUGGUUAAGACAACUAUAUUAAUCCUUGCAGGAGUAUAGUGCCUUGAAUUCAAGCUUUUCAGUCCUAGCUGGAAAGAUGUAAAAUAAUAAUAAUAAUAAUAAUAAUAAUAAUAAUAAUAAUAAUAGAAAGGUGUCUUUUACUUACAGUCUGCUUGUGUGAGGUUAAAUUUAUUUUUUUGUUUUUUAUUUGCACUAAAUAUUUAUAAUAGUGAAGGUUUACAUUUUUAAAGUUUCACUUUGUUUUCUCCUGUAAAUGCUUUCUCUUGAACUAGUGGUUAAAGAAUGGAAUUAAAUUGGUGGUCAAGCAUUUGCACAGUGAAUUACUUCAUAUCAACUGAAGAAAGUCAGUACGGUGAAGCAACUCAGUUUGCAAAUGUUUGAGCUUUCCUACCUUUGAAUGUAUUUUUAAACUAAUGGCAACAUUUACAAGAGUUGGAAAGUUAGUUGUAUAUGUGUGCUCUGGUUGCAGCUUUGAGCAGUGCAAAUCACUUUGUUAGGGUGUCUUUUUGAAAAAGCUUAUGGAAGGAACAACUUUGAAAUAGAAAAUUGGGCAGAUAGAUCUCUCUCUCCCACCCCUCCCCUUUUCAAUGUUUCUCUCUUCCCCCUCCUUUUUGUUUAGCUAGAACAUUUUGCAUCCCAUUCUGUAAAAAUGAUAAAACUAAGUUAAAUUACUAUUUUGUGCAUGGUGCUUACGUGAAGUAAACCUAACCAGUCUUGAUUGUAGCAGAUCCCAAACCAAAAGUUUCUAUAAGAAUGAUGUAAGUACAGAAUUUUCCUUGCAUGACUUUUGCAUAUAUUCCAUCCAUGCAAGCGAUAUUAGUUUAGAAACAUACUUGACCUCAAAGUGCUUAAAUCAUAUUUACGGAAGUGGAAUUGGACUUGGAGCAUAACUUUUCAAAUAUUUUACUUCUCUUUAAAAUUAAUUGAUUUUGACAUUUGAACAACUUACAUUGUAGAUAGAAUGGCACUUCUUGCUGGGCUUGACUUAUACUCGGCUUUUCAUCAUAUUCACUUUAUUGUACAAAGAAUUUACAUCUUCACUUUUCUGUCUAAAAUGCUCAAGAUAGCCACUUAGAAUUGAUUUGCAGAUUGGUAAGUCUCUUACGGGUGGGAGAAAGGAGGUACCUAAGGACAAACAUAUGGUGUACCAUAAACAUUAUUACGAUCAUUAAGUGAAAGACUUUUCUCUCUCCCUCUCCCCCUCUCUCAAUCUCCCCCUCCCUCCUCUUCUCUUUAUGAAGGAGAGAUUAUAUAUGUAUAUGUAUAUAAUAUUUAUGUGUGGGAGAUAAAUCUAAACUACUUGAUGAAAAGUGGAGUUCUUGCUGUGAAUUAUAAAGUUUGAUUGUAAUGUGAGCACUAAGAACAGUCUAGAAUAUUUUGUUAGUACCAUUUGGUUCAUACUAUUCCAUCAAUUCAGUUAGAAUUGAUUUUUGUAUAACAUGAUGCAGGUCUUCUGGUCUGUUCCAAAAUACAUCCUGUAGUAAGAGAUUUCUAUUCUCUUGUUAAUAUGUAUCUUUCAUUUGUUUGAGAAUUUAGUUUUGAUUCAUGUCUGAAUGCUUUAUGAGCAAAACAUGGAAAAGCUGUUCUCACAAUUUUCCCCAUGGCUUGCACUAAAAUGUCCAGCCUGUUGCUAUUGCCUGUUGUAUAGUCCAGCCCCUUGUAUAGUGGCAGCCAGUGGCACAGACCUCCAGAUACUGUAUAUAUUCAAGAGAAGGAAAAAAUAAACAUUUUUUUGUGCUUGAAAACUUAGUUGGAAA